GCUUCGGUCUUCGCCUGUUCAACGUGCCACACAGACCUCAGAGCCUGCAGUGCGAAUCUACAGAAUGGGUGACAAAGAACUAGCGAACGGCGUCGACAACCCCACGCCGCAGAGUCUGGUCACGGCGGAGCACGUCCAAGCGGCCCUGCGCAAGGACAAGGGCCCUGACGCUCGCCUCACCUCCUGGAGCGUGGAGGACUUCACCAGGAAGGGCGAUAACUAUGCCUGCGUCGUGAGCAGCGUGCGAGCAAGCUACACGGAGGGUAAGGAGGGCGGGGAGGUCGUGUACGUCGUGAAGCUGAACCCGUGUAGGAAUCUGGAAUCGUUCAGGGAGUUCACCCACACGAUCUUCGAGAAGGAGUGCCGGUUCUACCUGUCGCUCGUCCCCGAACUGAACCGGAUGCUGGAGGGCGCCGGCCAGACCCUCCUGCGGGUGCCGAGGUGUUAUCACGGUACACUCGAGAACGACAGAGAAAUGAUAUUCUUAGAAGACCUCCGGCCAAAAGGCUUCAAGAUGUUCGACCGCAAAAAGGGCCUCGACGUUGCCCACGCCACUCUGAUCCUGCAGGAGCUCGCCAGACUCCACGCAGCGUCCGUCCUCCUGCAGGCAGAGACUCCCGACGAAGACCUGUCCGAAAAAUACAGCUUUCUCAAACGCGACUGGCUUGAUGUCGGGAGCGACUCGCCUCGCAGCAUUCAGUCCCUCUUUGACGGCUACCUUCGCAACGCCAUCGAGAUUCUGGAGACUGUGGGCGGCUACGAGAGGGCCAUAGCAUGGGUGGAGAGCCUCAGGCCAGACUUGGAACAGAUCUUCAAGACGAAACUGGGAUUGACGAAGUUCAACGUGGUCUGUCAUGGCGACUGCUGGAAUAACAACGUUUUAUUCAGGUACGACGAGGAAGGCUGCCCCGUGGAGGUGAUGCUCCUCGACCUGCAGCUGUGCCGCAGGGCCUCCCCCGCCACCGACCUCAACUACCUCCUGUACACCAGCAUCACGGGCGACGUCAGGAAGCCCAACCUCGAGAAAUUCUUGGCUUCUUACUACGCCGUCUUCGCCUCGGUCCUCCGCUCGGUUGAUUUCAAGGACUUCCCUUCGGAAAAGGAACUGACGGAGGCCUUUCGGGAACACAACGUCAUCGCAGCCAUCUUCGCCAUAAUGAUCGUACCCAUCGUCCUCAUGGAAUCCGAAGACGUGCCAGAGCUCUCGACGCUCACGGAUGACAACCUCGAUGAUGUCAUGGACGAGUUCAAGGGCAAUGCGCUGAAGUUGCUUGAUUCGAAUCCUAUGAUGAAGCCUCGGUUUCUCUCCAUGUUCGACGAGUUCAUGGAAACAGGACUCAUUCCUUGAAAACU